GAAACUUUUUCACCCUCCUUAACAAUUUAGACGAUUGAUAAAAGGUGAAAACAGUGAAGCACCCCUUAUUUUCCCAGAGUGUAUUAUUUACGUAUAUAUGAAUACCUAAAGCUCUCAGAGUUGCCGGAACACGGUGGAAAUAUAUAACGUGUUCGAAGUGUUUUUCUCCUCUUUCUUCUAUUGCGUUCUAAAAAUCUGCUUUGUGAGUGUUGUUUUCCUUUUCUCUGCUCGGUGUGCAGGCUCUAUUGCCUCCUGUACGAUUCGCAGCAACAGCCCAAAACCGUUUUGGGCUUUUUUUAAGGACACAUCCUGCCCCUGCCCUCCCUCCCCCCACACACGCCAAAAAAUGCCACCCGUUUCCAACGGAGGUUCAGACGGAUCUGACCCUUCCAGAGUUGAGCACGCUUUGCCGUGUGAUGCCGAGGAGUUGCAUGAUCGCACCCACCGGUUUCUGUCUACCGUGGGGCCUUCGCUCGACUCCAUUGAGGCGUUGCUCGAGUCGUGGCGCCGCUUUCGUGCUGUUUCGGCGACGACGAACGGGCUGCCCGAGAAGAGCGCCUUUCGCACCGUGCAGAUCGACCCCUUCUCCAUCCGGCAGCCGCCACCCACCGUUGCAGAGGCAGAGAUCACGCAGUACAUCAAGAAGCUCUCCAAGAAAGACCUCAAGGCAUUGCACGACGAGUACGAACUAACGUGCUCGGAAGACUUUGAGUACGUACGCGUCGGCGAGGACGACGCAGAAAAUGCCUCGCAGGCGGCGGCGCGCAUCGUGCACUUUCCAAGCGAGGUCGCCGAUGCCAACACCGACGAGGAAGGCGACCCGACUAAGCACCCCCUUCCCCCCAGCGUGUCCCCCAUUACGCGGGCGAGGGCGCUCUUUGAGAGCGAGGCGACCUCAGUGGAGCCGCUUCACAUAAAGCCGGACGGCCGCAUGACAGAGGUUCGUUCCUCUGCCCCCCCAAUCGCGUCCUCAGAGCUGCCGCCUGCUUUUUCGUUAGAGCAGAUGUCCCCUUCCGCCGUGGCGGACUACGAGCGCAAGAGAAGUACAUCGUCCGACUCUUCCUAUUCCGGCCCGCGAGCACGGUCACCGACCACGGCGGACACAACUGCAACGGAGAACUACACGGUGGAGAUUGAGUACGAGCCGAAUCACUUUAUCCCGUCCGCUGCCCAGCGCGCGUUGCGUGACGGCGUCGGCAGGGGCAUCAUGAUUACCCCCGCCCCUCAUCGCGCGCCAAAGACGGACACGCCAUCGCAGGCAACAAAAGACAGUAAAAUGGCGCCAGUACUUCAGACGGACAGCGACGCAGAGGCGGAUGUCCAGUCUUUUACCACCUUCUCUCGCAUCGUGCUCGCCAAUGAAGGCCGUCGCUUGACGUCCCAACGCGCUAAGGCGGAAGCAUGGGUGGGUGCGGAGUCCUCGCCGCCUGCACGAGCAGUGGCAUACCAAGAGAAUCACCGUAUGGAAGGCGAAGUGGAUGCUGGUGCGACGCCACCACGGGCCGCUCGAUCAGCAAUACCUGCGGCGGCGGCGGCUCCCGCUGCUCCUGCCAGGACGGUGGCCGUCAAGGUGAUGAAAAGCACCAUCCCCGUCAGCACCCGCGACGUGUUUGUGCGAAGGCGUGUGCACGACAUCCUCUUGGCCAAUCGCGUUCGCGCCGAAGAUGCCGCCGUGCUGGGGGCUGCCUUCUUUGAGAAGCUGGAUGAUGCGUGGAACAGCGCCGCAAACCAGACGACUCCGGUGUUACAGAAACUUGACGAGCUGCUGCGCGAGUCGAGCGCGCUGCUGCACAUGCUCGAAGUGAUGGACCACCAGGUCUACCGGGAGCGUGUGAUGGACCCGGCGCAGUAUCUGUGCGUCCCCCGCUACAGUGCCGCCUGCGCUGCCCCGGACUGUAACGCCCCCUUCUCGACCACCGUCACACGCGUCAUGUGCGGCCGCUGUGGGCAGUUCUUCUGUCCUACAUGCUGUGGUGAGCGUGGAUUGGGCCCAGACGUGGUGUGCGAAGGCCAGCGAUACUCCCUCGGAUGGGAGCCGCUCUGCCGGUUGUGCUUCCAAAUGUGCAGAGACAGUCAGCAGAAGCUGUUGGAAGAGCGCAACCAGUACCUGCGCAUCGCAGCUGUCUCGUCCUACCAUGAUGCGGAGGGCGGUGACAGCGAGGAGGACGCGGCUCGUCGCGCUUCUGCGGACGGCUUGACGCUUAAGCAGGCCGUGUUGUUUGGUGCCUAUUGCGACGAGCAGAAGUGCCUCAGUGAUGGGCUACCGCCUUUUUACGUCAUGGACCGCACGGCAAACGAGGCCGUGGUGUUCUGGGAUGUUCUGAGGUAUCAGUUUGCCAAGACGCAGGGAUCGCUUCGCAGGGGAUGGCAAAAUGCGGGCAGCUUUGCCACACAUGCGGUGAAAAACGCGGCGCAGAUGGUGUCAAGGGGCCGAGGCACCUUAAAGACAAGCUGA